UCCUCAGAUUGUCAGUGGCUGCUAUGCAGCAGGUGCAGCCUGCUCUCUCUCUAAGUCUCUGCUCCACAAAGGCACCGACUGGCCAAGGCAGUGGCUGGCCCUGGAUUACAGAAGUGCAGACACUCAACUAAGUGAGCUGGAAGACCCAGGGGAAGGCCGAGGCUCAGGUGCCCACAUGAUCAGCACCACCAGGGUACCUGCGGAUAAGCCAGUACGCAUCGCCUUCAGCCUUGAUAAUGCCUCAGAUGAUACACCUCCUGAAGACUCCAGCCCUCUGGUCUUUCCAGAAUUAGACCAGCAGCUACAGCCUCUGCCGCCUUGUCAUGACUCCCCGGAAUCCAUGCAGGUCUACAAACAGCACUGCCAAAUAGCGGAAGAAUACCAUGAGGUCAAAAAGGAAAUCGCCCUGCUUGAGGAAAGGAAAAAGGAGCUCAUUGCCAAGCUGGAUCAGGCAGAAAAGGAGAAAGUGGAUGCUGCUCAGCUGGCUCGGGAAUUCGAGGCACUGACGGAGGAGAAUCGGACCUUGAAGUUGGCCCAGUCACAGUGUGUGGAGCAACUGGAAAAACUUAGAAUACAGUAUCAGAAGAGACAGGGCUCGUCCUAACUUUCAGUUAUUCAGCGUGAGUGUCAAAGGUUGGUGACUGCUCUGUGCUGGCCGAAAGAUUCUUAUUUUAUAGGGAUAGUGAGUCAAAUCGAUCACUUCUCUUUAUUAUCCACGUGGCAAACGUCUGUAAUGAAUUUAGCGCUUGCUCCAUCUUGUUUGAGAGGAGGGAUAUUUUAUUUUAAAUAAGAUAAUUAAAGUAUGUUUUCAGAGGUCGUAAUUCAUUUCCAAAGGUUAUUUUUCAUCUUAUUUAGGAAGAUGUGAUCAUACUAUACAUCGAGAUAGAAAAAUGAUAAAAAUAGAAUAUUGACUGACUCUAGUAAGAAUCGUAAACAGAAUUAAACCAUGAAACAAACCAGUGAGAUGCUCACUGCAGUUCCACAUGAGCGUGUUUUUAAAUUUCAUGUCUUUAAUAUUUCAACUGUAGUCGAAUCUGAACUGUCAGAAACUUCUCCACAUGUAUUUAUGUUCACCAGAGUUAGAUUUAAUCCCUCAGUGAUUGACUGUACUAAGAAUAAAUGGUUGCAUAUCAUAAAGCUUUCUCAUGAAAAUAUUAGCAGAAAGCAUGUUUGUGCCAAAAGCACAUUUGCCAGUGCUAACUUGCUGUUUAAUAAAAAGCAGAUAAGGCGGCAUUUUCUUCACGGCACGUUAUCCUCCAGUAAACAUCUCCGCCUUUGCUUGUGUGUGUUCUGGGGCAUGGGAGAAACGGAAAAGAAUCUUUUAGACAUCACUUUUGUGAGUUCCCAUGUAAACAUCAGUAAAAUUAUAACUAAUAUUUUGUUUUGAAUUUAAGGAGAUGUUUUGGAUCAGUAAUAACUAAUAGAAAUACAUGAGUAAAAUCAGGAUUGGAAUGAUUUUGCCCUUGUUCUACCUAUCACCAUAUUUUCCCAAAUUGAUCUCUUUGUUUUAUGUCCAUUUCUAUUCAUGUAACUUCUUUUUCA